AUGUCGUUGGUCGUCACACAGAAACGCUCGGCUCGUCGUUGUCUUUUCGGGCGUCCGACGCCGGAGCAACAAGAAGCCACUCAAGAGAUGAUCCAGAACGCUCUGGAAGAGAUUUAUCGGCGGGACAUGGAGAAAUGGGGAUUCGAUUUCAAACUUGGAAUUCCACUCGACGAAGCUUCGUGCUCGUUGUACAUCUAUGAGGCCGUCACCGAAGCAGAGGUUCCGCAAUAUUAUAGAACUAAACAUAUUAGUUCGAAUGAGAGUCCGAUGAGCAGUCCGAGCACUUCUGACAAGGAGGAUGUUUCGCUGAUGAAUAUCUCGACGUGCUCCACCGAAUCCGAAAUGUCGAUUGAGUUCGAGCCGGUGCCGCUAGCGAAACGCACUAGCCAGACACCGAAGAAGCGGCAGAACAAGCUCACCGACUACAUUCCGAUUAGAAGAAGGAAGGUUCAAAGGUCGCCGAAGGAUCAGCAAACCCCGCGGCGAGCCGCUCGCCAGUUCUAA